AUGAACCAGGGUCGAAGGUACAUCCCUCGGCUGCUGACUUUGGCCGACCUCUCUACCCACCAAAUCAACCGGCUUGUUGCGCAUGCAUACCAUCUCAAGCAAGUGUCUCGCCCAUGGGUCAGUCCUCGUUUCAGCGAACAGCCGCGAAGGCCAGGGGUUUCGCCUACUCUCCUCAAUAAAACUAUCGCUCUCCUGUUCUCGAAGCGUAGCACUCGCACUCGCAUAUCCGCUGAGACCUCGGCUGUCCUUCUUGGUGGGCGUGCACUCUUCUUAGGAAAUGACGACAUUCAACUGGGCGUGAAUGAGAGUCUUCGAGACACGGCGCGGGUGAUCAGUGGAAUGUGCCAGGGAAUUUUUGCGCGUGUUGGAGACCAUUCGGAGAUCGAGGAAUUGGCCCUUCAUUCAAUAGUCCCGGUCAUAAAUGCCCUCUCGUCUCUCUGGCAUCCUACUCAAGUCCUUGCGGAUUUACUGACCCUGCACGAGAAUGCGUUCUUCACCUCAAUUCACCCAGACCCCAUGAUGUCCCCCGACCUUGUGCAGAAGUUGCGCCCUCUGCGUCCUUUGACGGUUGCAUAUGUUGGAGAUUCUGCCAACGUAUUGCAUGAUAUGCUGGUAACGUAUCCUCGGUUGGGUCACCAACUGCGCAUCGCCAGCCCGGAAAAUGAGCGAUAUCGAGCUCCGAAACCUGUUUGGGAUAGGGUUUUAGAACUCGGGUGCGACAAGAAUAUUCUAUGGACAAAAGACCCUCUUGAAGCGGUGAAAGGCGCGGAUUUGGUUGUCACUGACACCUGGAUUUCUAUGGGUCAGGAGGCUGAGAAAGAACAGCGUAUCAAGGAUUUUCAAGGGUAUCAAAUAACGGAGCAGCUCUGCCGGGAGGGAGGGGCGAAUAGCGACUGGAAAUUCAUGCACUGUCUUCCUCGGAAGUCUCAUGAGGUCGACGAUGAGGUCUUCUAUGGCCCUCGAUCAUUAGUAUUCGAAGAAUCUGACAAUAGGAAGUGGACCAUCAUGGCUCUAUUUGAGUAG